CCAAUUCUCGAAACACACAAAAUAGCUGCGGCAGCAUGAGCCUCGGUUCGUGUUCGCUGAAAGUUUAGCCUCAAAUCCAUUCCAUUCUCUUGGUUCGCCGCGCAGGAACAAUCUGCACCCCAUCAUGACAGACACGCAGAAAUUCAUCAUCGCCGCAGUCGGCAUAUUUGUGUGCUACUUUUACUUCGCUGUCCUCCAGGAGAAGAUUACACGAGGUCGGUACGGAGAUGAGUUGCAGGACGAUGGCUCGAAGGGCGAACGGUACACCUUCAUGUUGGCCCUUGUUGGUGUGCAGUGCGUGUGCAAUACGUUGUUCGCCAAAGCAUUGCUGAUGGUGAGGCCACAGCCCGUUGAUACUACACCGAAGGUGUAUUACGCGACUAGCGCGUUGACGUAUGUGUUGGCUAUGUUGAGCUCAAACAUGGCCCUACAAUGGGUCGCUUACCCGAUGCAGGUGGUCGCCAAGUCGGCCAAGCCGAUACCGGUUAUGUUGCUCGGAGUGCUGGUUGGGCGCAAGAGUUAUACGCUGCAAAAGUACCUGUUUGUGCUCCUGAUCGUCGUCGGAGUGGUGAUGUUUAUGUUUAAAGAUGGAAAGACCAACAGUGGAGCAGUGCUGGAGCACGAGGGGCUCGGUCAACUACUGCUAGUUCUCAGCCUCUCCAUGGACGGGCUAACGGGGGCCAUCCAGGAGCGUAUGCGAGCGCACAGCUCCCCCUCGGCCCAGUACAUGAUGCUUGCGAUGAACGGGUGGAGCUCGCUGAUGGUUACGUUCGGCUUGCUGGUCACAGGCGAAGGCCAUCGGUUCGUCGUGUUCGUCAUGCGCCACCCACAGCUGUUUACCUACAUCUCGAUGCUGGCACUGACCGGAGCACUCGGUCAACUGUUCAUCUUCAUGAUGGUUGCAUCGUUCGGUGCGCUUGCCUGCUCGGUGGUAACGACGACGCGCAAAUUCUUCACCGUCCUGUUCUCGGUGCUGUUCUUCGGCAACUCGCUGUCCGGUCGCCAAUGGGUCGGCGCCGGGUUCGUGUUUUCGGGACUCUUUGCCGACAUGUUCUACGGCAAGAAAGCGCCCACCAAAGCGCCGCCACUUGCUAAAAGUAAAAGCAAAAGCGAAACGGAUGAAAUGGUUCGUUAACACACGGCGGCAGUUACCGGGACUUACCGGGAAUGCACCCUAUCAUGCAACCUAUCGUUUCUCUAUCCUAUCAGCUCGUGCUCCUUUUUUUCUAUGUUUUAUCAAAUCAGUUUUGUUAUUUAUGAUUUUUUGUUUCCUUUCUGAACUGUUCCUUUUUGUAGCCACCGAAAGGCGAUGAGGAGGUGCGCGAAGCGCCACCAUCUUCGACCGAAAACAUUGUUGUAUCUCGCACAAUCACUGUCUGUGACUCUAAGAAAUUAAUUCCAUUGAUCGAUACUGGCGACAACAAUAAAGAUAUGAGUGAUUGGUAA